CUGCUUGUUGCCUCUACGGGGGGGAGGGGGAGCGGCCGCGCGAGCCGCUGCAGACAGCCACGGCAAGCGGGUUGCGGUGCGGACAGUCUCACCUCGCUUAUACAAUCCAGUCGACCGUUUUCUCAGUCUUUAGCCUAGCAUGAGAGCAGCCUUCAAGUGAACACGCCCGCGUCCGUCUUCGUCGGACCCUUCUCCGGCGACGAGCACCCCCCACGCCAGAUAUCUGGUCAUCAGUACAGAACUUGAAGUGUAGAUUGUGAUGUCGGUGCCGAUGUAUAACAAACAGAACUCAUUGGGCACCCCCCCUCCCCACAAGACAAAUCCCUUUUCUGAUUCUGAAGGGCCAUCAAGGGCACAGUCUGUCCCAGUACGACGCACCAAUCAAUCUGUGCAAGAGUUGGAAGAUUAUGCUAUAACCAAAGCAAGAGAAACCACACACAAAGUAAAUGAUUGUGUCAGGGCUGCUGAAGCCAUCAGGGAAGAUGCUACACAAACCAUGCUAACUUUACACCGUCAAGGUGAGCAGAUCAUGCGGUCUCAUCAAGUAGCAGCUGACAUUGAGCAGGACCUUACAGUGAGUGAGAAGCUUCUGGGAAGUCUGGGUGGGCUAUUUUCCAAGUCAUGGAGACCAAAGAGAAAUCAUCAGAUAAAAGGACCAGUCUCAGGAAAUAACUAUUCUGCGACAACAGCUAACGACACGGAACAGAGGGGGAAGCUAGGAAUUGCCCCAGCACGUCAAGAAUAUCCCAGUCAUGUACAAACCACACCUGUAUCUGCAAUGGAAAAAGUUCAGGCUGAGAGAACAAAGCAGGAUGAUGCACUUUCCGACCUGUGUAGCACAUUGGGACAACUCAAGGAAAUGGCAGUGGAUAUGGGCACAGAAAUUGACAGGCAAAACAAAGCUCUGGUUCCUUUAAGCGACGACGUCGAUGAACUGAAUUUCAGACUGAAAGGUGCGAAUCAGCGCGGACGCCGGUUGCUAGGCAAGUGAUAUGGAACCUGAAUUCGGGCAGUUUGGAGACCGUCGCCUCGACUGCAGGAUUUUAAGAACCUUGUUGUUUACAUGUUUUAGAGCAAACUAGAAACAUAGGCGCUGCCGCGCCCUUCAGGGUGAAUCAGCCCGUGUUCUUUGGAGUGAAUCAGGCCACACUUGUUGUAUUAGUGAGAGAAUGAUGAUCUAUUUUGUGUCAUUAUGGAUUUCAUAGAUUAUUUUCCCUGAACUGCAUUUGUUUCAAUAACAUAGGAGGGAACUUUCUUUGAAUGGCAUUAAGGCGAAUUUUUAAGGUG